AUGCUGAGCUUAUUUUCUAAAUGGCCAGGAGGUCGAGGGAAACCUACAGGGGACUACGCCUCAUGUGUGAAGGGCAUGUGUCAAAUGCUGGUGGAAAGCAAGGAUAUCGCGUUGAUUGAUGCGCUACUCUUCUUGCUUUCGUAUAUGGUUGAACUGUUUGAUGCUGUAUCGUCGGAUUCGGAGUCUGAAGAUGACCCAGAAGCGUUCCAGGAUCCGGAAUCUGGUGGAAUCGAUGUUUUGUUGGGGGUAUUAGACUGCGCUCUCAGUCUUCCUAUACAUCCUCUCGUGAUCAACGGCGUCGCACGGUACCUACGAUCGCUGAGCACCUCACUAGCAUUGCCCGCUAGUGUAUACCUGCGUGCCUCGAUGAUCAUUUGCCAAGGACUUCAGUAUAUGUCGUCCUUUCCAGUGGCGGUGCAAUCGCUGCUGCAUCAUAGCUCUUCAAUAACUAAAUACACGACCGUCGAUGAGAGAGCGCCUCUAUUGCGGGCUUUACUCACAUUCUGCAGCACGCUACAAACUCAAACAACCCCAGAGAGUGAAGGAGAUUUACUGGAAGUAACUUUUCGGAUUGCUAGCGGCGUAUCAGACGAAGAUUUUGGCGGAUUGUGUUCAACUGUUCUGUCCAAUAUAACAAUUCGUGUACAAAGUGGGCACCCGAUGGAGGUUUCCAGUAGCGUGUAUAUGUUGGGUCGAGCCCUUGGUGGUGUCCAAGACCAGAAGCACGGAUUCGCACUGGUUGAUCUGCUCUGGUCUAUCGUGAGCGCCUCCCUACUUCAGCACAAAGGAGAUGAAAGCUGUCGGCGAGCAGGAGCUCAGUUUUUCCUAAAUGUCAUCCCUCAUCUGCAGAAGGAAGGCGUGCAUCCGAUCGAGGCUCAAGUACUGGACGUGUGUCUGUGGUGGUAUGAGGAAGGCAUCGCCCCUGAAUUCCUCACCUGCUGCACUAGAAUAAUCGCGCGGCAACGAGACAAUACUGACUUCGAGGUUUCAGCAGGGCAGACGUUUGAGCGCCUUCUUGCUGGAUUUCGUAGCAAACUGCACGAUGCAAGAGGAACCGAUGACGAGCUGUCAAUGGAGAGCUUCCUGUUACAGCAUCAUGAGGCACAUAAAAUGAUUCCAGAGGUUGAGCAGUUCAUGAAGAUGGCACGAGAGGUGUUGAGCUCUUUCCCACAAGUACUGACGAAGGACUGCUCAAACGGAGAGCCGACUCUGUUUUGGGUUUGUCUGGAUCUCGCAACAAGGCUUCUGAAAGUGGACCACCAGAUACAGGAAAUGUGCGAUGCUGCAUGCGAUUUCCUCCUGGACGCGAUGCGUUGCCAACCGGAGCCGAUUCUCGAGAGGAUACACAUAUUUGCCUCAGAGAUUGUGCGUGUUGUGCUGAGCUUCUUGGGCCUCAGACGACAGCAUUAUCGCGUGCGGAACCUGUGGGAUUUUCUGUUUCAGUGUGUACAUGGCCCACAGAUGUCAACGCAAAUUCGAGGCAAGUUGCAGAGCGGUUUCCUGGUCGCUGUAUCAACCGUUGUGAUCGAAGAAUGUGCGCUUCACCCGCUCCUACCAGCACAAGUGUAUCAGCAAAUGCCUGGUGAACUGCGAAUGCGUCGCCAGAGGCAUCACUUUCGUCAGUACUUUACCCAGUUGGAUCGCGCUGUCGAUGCGGGGAACUCUUAGGCGCUCGAUUCCGCGACGGCCAUCAAAUCAGCUUCGCAGAGCACCGACCAUUCCGUUUUAGAUGUGGAAAUAAGGUGAGUAUCGAGCAUGAAGUACUGUACGCGAUACAAUGAGGGACUACAACUUGCAUACAUGUUACUUCGAAGUAGUUUGGACAGUUUGAACAUACCGGUACAACACUGUACUUGUAUGUCAACGGUACUGCGUUAGAGCUACACCUUUAGCCGAUCUACAUGUAGAUACUGCGAAACGUAAAGUCAAUCCUUUUCAGCC